GUGUGCCGAGGAUUGUGCAAACAUGGUUGAAGCUCAGUCAACUGCUGCAAAAACUGGAGCGUAUAAAUAUGAAGAUGGUACUCGGUAUGUCGGUGAAUGGAAUGCAAAAGGACAGAAGCAUGGAAUGGGCCAUCUUGUUCUGCCAGACAGCACGAGAUACGAUGGUGGCCUCCACAACGGCCUGUGUUCUGGAUUGGGCGUCAUGUCAUUUCCAGAUGGAGCUAGAUAUGAAGGCGAGUUCAUGCAAGGCUGGUUCCAUGGUCACGGGGUGUUCUGGCGAUCUGAUGGCAUGAAAUUUGAAGGAGAGUUCCGCGGUGGUCGAGUAUGGGGACUGGGUUUAGUAACAUUUAGCGACGGCAGCCACGGAUUUCCAAGGAACGAAGGCUUUUUCCAGGAUUGUAAGAUGACACGUCGUAAGAGAUGCCCUGAAGUAAUCCAGAAAGCGCAGAAGGUGGCGUACAUGGCAAGAGCGCAGUGCCAACAAAUGUAAUAAUUACUUUAGUAAAUGUUAAUAAAUAGUAUACUUAAGACGUGUGUUAUAAUGGAAUUAAAACAAUUGAUUGAUAUAAUUUAGAAAAUAUAAAUUAAGGAUUUCAAUUAGAAAUUAGAUAUAAGUUAUAUAAAUGCGCCAUCGCGAUUUUUGCCUUAAGCCUGGAUACGUCGUUUGACUGAUUUUUUAUCACAAUUACAAAACACGGCAUUAAAG